AGGAAAACAUGGAGAAGCCUCUACCUUGCUUCAAGGGCUACAGCCCUCGAAGUUUGCUGUCCUUGCUUGAUCUCCGCUUCGACACUGGCUAUCCUGUCGGGGACCUCACCACACGAGUGGAGGAUCCGUACUUUGAUGUGAAGGCUCAUGCAGUGGACGCAACUUGUGCAUUUGCGUUUGGCAUCCAAUACUUGAUGCGGCAGGGUCACACAGUGCAGCAGAUUCAGAGGAGGGAUCCCGACGUAUACCGAAAAUUUUCCGAGUACCUCCGAACGGAGUUGGACUUCCAAGGGGCUUCUGGGCAAGUGAAGUUUGAAGGAAAUGACAGGAAGAACUUGCAAGUGGUUCAGCAAGUGAUCGAUGGUGUCAGCGUGGAGGUGGGCAUGAUCAAUGAGAAUGGCACCACUAUCACAUGGUUUGCAAACGGAACUACUGGACGUUUCUGGCAGGAAGAGCCUGCCGAAACCUUUGAGCUGAUGUGGAUCCUCCAUCCCAUAGCGUUGACAUUGGCAAUUUGCUGCCCAUGUCUUUUGGGAUGCUGGAUCGGCUACCGCAUUCGAGCAGCCAUGAACUCGCAGAGCAAUGCUGCCCAACAGUAAUGGAGGACAGAUCACAAUCCUUGAAGGGGAAUUAUCACAUUUUUGGUCUUCCAGCCGCCCAUCGCUUUGGAUUCUCAAAGACAGAGCAGAGCUGGGUCACAAGUGCCACGUGAGACUGCCAAGGGAACACUCAACACGCCGAUUCCUUUGGUUAAUGUCCAGUUUUCGAUCCAUGCCACUGAAAGUUGGCUACAAAUGCUGCUUUGCCAUGGCUGGGUUGGCGUCAGUCGUUAUUCCAAAGUCAACGUCACGACUUGUGACCUGAUCAACCCAGUAACCUACUAGCAAGACAGCAAGAAUGCUCGAUAUCACAAUCGAGUGAGCGUUUGUUUCAUUGUGUACUGUUCAAUAUUGCGAAGCAAUUUGAGCAUUGUUAGAUGGUCAUUUCAUGUCAUGUUUGCCUCCCUCGAAGUCGC